UCAGACGACUUCCUGCUGAACGCACCGGGAGUUUUGGACGCAAAUGGGGUCUACACCGAUGAUAACGGCAUAAUCACUAACUGUACGGCAAUGAACUCGCAAUCUGUGGGGUCAACCCUGAGCUUUGUAUUGUCUGCCUGUGGUUAUGAUGUCUGGUUGGGUAACAACAGAGGCAACAGAUAUUCCGAUCGACACAUACUCUUGAAUCCAAACACUGAAUAUUCGCAAAUCAUUCGCCCAUUCAUAGCAUUAGCACCGGUAGCUUAUGUGGGCGCCAUUGAAUCAAUUAUCUUAAGACUGGGGGCUCUAUUAGAGCCAUUAUUAAGCUCAACAAAUAUACCAUUCUUUGGCGUUUCCUCUAAUAAGUUGAGGACAAUUGACAGAUAUUUUGGACACUUUUUCUGCGGCAAUACAUUCUUCGAUCAGUUCUGUGAGAUCUUUGUCUUCCUAUUGUGUGGUUUUGAUUUUCCCAACACUAAUGUCACGAGAAUUCCGGCAAUCAUUGGCCACUUCCCAGACGGCACCUCCAGUUUGAUUUUGGCUCAUUUGGCACAACGAGUUAAUAACAAGAACUUUGCUUAUUAUGACUACGGAAAUGCUAAGAAUGCCAGACUAUACGGCCAGUCCAAUCCACCUAGCUACAAUUUAGCUCAAAUAACGUCCAGAAAUAUUGCACUCAUGACUGGUGUGAAUGACUAUUUAGCCGAUCCCACAGACGUGGAUAUACUUCGCAGUCAAUUAACAGUUCCCAUAUACGAUGAUUAUGUGAUCCCAUAUACCCUGUGGAAUCACGCCGAUUAUCUCAUUGGUAUCAACGCCGGGAAGUUCAUGAACUCCAGGAUUCUUAAGAUUUUAUCGGAUUUUAAUUAA